AUGAUGAUGCCACCAAAGAGCACACCAAGCCCGCACGUCAGGAGACAGUCGGCAAAGGGGACGCUCAUAUCCACGCCGAAAUCGAAGAGCGCACCGCUCUCGCCCCUGCUGUCCUCCAGAAGUUCCCUGCGGAGGACCCCCUCCCAGGAGCGAUCUCGCGCCCCGUCAACGGUGUCCAGUGGGAGUAGUAACAACUCAUCAACGCAAUUCUCAAUAUCGAAAAGACGGGCAUUCCUAAGCUCACCGGCAGCCACGGCCACGAGGACCAACAGGGCAACAAUCACGGUCGCUGUGCGGAUCAAACCAACGGCGCCGAACGUGGACCCGCAAUGGCACGCGCUGGGUCCACGGUGCAUUGCACACUGGGACCAGGGGGAUUUCCAAUUCGAUCAUGUGUUUGGACCAACGGCGACGAACGAGGACUUGUUCGCUGAGCUCGGUGGGGGGUUAGUCGAGAAACUGUUUGACGGGUGCAACGCAACGCUGCUCGCGUACGGGACCACAGGGUCAGGGAAGACAUACACUAUGGUGGGUCACAACGACGGGAUAGUGAAGAUGUGCGGGGAUUGUGUGUUCACGAGGAUGCUCAACGCGGCGGACGAGAGACAGGUAAAGAGAUCUGUCACUGUGUCGUACUUGGAGAUAUACAACGAGAAGAUAUGCGACCUGCUGAACUCGAACUGCAGGAACGAGGAACUCAAAGUUAGAGACGACCCGGUGCUCGGCGUGAAAGUCCAUGGAGUCUUGGAACAGAAAUGUGACACGGCAGAGGAGUUGAUGAAGUGGGUCUCCGUGGGGGAAGCUGUAAGGAAGACGGGGAAGACAGAUUACAACAUGCGGAGUUCACGGUCGCACGCAAUCAUCCAGGUGAAACUCAUAACGACCAAUCUGUUGAACGGUACCACUCAUUUCAACACGCUGUCCCUGUGUGAUCUGGCAGGAUCCGAAAAGGCCUCCGAACAAUUGGAGAGGAGGAAAGAGGGCUCAUUUAUUAACAAGUCGUUGCUCGCGUUGGGGACAGUAAUCUCCAAACUGAGUGCAGAGUCAAACGCGCACGACUCGUCGAGACCGUCGAGCGGAUCCUUGAACAAUAGCCAUAUCCCUUACAGGGAUUCCAAACUGACAAGACUGUUGCAGCCGGCACUGUGUAACGACAGCGUUGUCACUGCGAUAUGUACCAUUGACCCAACAAAGGAGGCAAUGACGGAGACAGUGAACACUCUGAGGUUUGCAUCGCGAGCGAAAAACGUCUCCUUGAACGUCUCACGCAAGUCAAUCUCGUACAGACCAGAUAGUCAAGACGCGGAGAAGGAUAAAAGAGUAAGAAGCUUGACCAAGCUGGUAGAGGAGCAGGAUCUUAUAAUAUCAAAUUUGAAGAAGCAACAACAGCACGCGGGGUCCGCUCUGCAGAGACCAAAUUCCCGCACGGCACUACUUGAAGCUGAGAAUAGGGUUCUUAGAGACAAGCUGCAGCACUGCGAAAGACUACUGGAUAACGAUAGCGUCGAGUUACAGGACUCGCAGAUUAUGGAGAUCGUUGAUUUCUUGCCUCCAGAGGUUGGCGUACUUUUGGAGACGAAGUUCCAAAGCCUGGAGUCAGAAAACCGACAGUAUAGAAACUACACAAAACAAUUAGAGGCUAAAAUAGCUUCUGGCGGGGACAACUCAGAUACACCGGCAGCUCUCACUCUCCAAACGAAUUUGGCGGAGAGAGAGAGCAAGAUUCAUGAACUGUUACAAAUGCUCGACCGUAAAGACAAAAUGAUAGACGCAUUGCAGAGUUCGAAACGACUCCGCAACAGGGCAUUGAGACCAAUAGCGGACAACAGCAUCGGCACUGAAACGACCACUGUUCCAAUCAAGAAACAACUUUUGUAG